GGCGGAAGAACUCCAGGUUCGGAGCCAAUCUUUUUGCGGAGGAGGUAAAAAGAGCGGAAAAAAGAAGUCAAGACUUCUGCGGAAAGCAGGGCCCUGCGCCUGCGCUGCGCGGCGGUGACGACAAUUGUCCGCGCCCGAAGCCGAGCGGUGUUCGCGCCGGGUGGCGGGCGCCUGCGCAGUGGCUCCGAGCGGGCAGUUGCUUGUUGGUUGUUGUAGUAACGGGGGAAGCAGCGGUCGGCGGCCGCCUUGAGCCCGGCUGGGGAAGGAGGAGGGUGGUAGGCGCAGGGUGCUGUCCCCGCCUGCCCGCCUCGAGCCAUGGGCAGAUGAAACAGGUAAACGCCUGCGCCGCCGCACUCCUCUACCGGAGGAAUCUGUGCCACCCAAAUUGUUUGAUCCAGUGAAUCUGCAAGGAAAGGUCUCUGAGGCCCCCAUCUGCUGACUGCAUGACAAACUCUAAAGGAAAUGCCAGUCGUGAUGGCCCGGGACCUGGAGGAAACAGCAUCAUCCUCAGAGGAUGAGGAGGCGGUAAGCCAAGAAGAUCAUCCAUGUAUCAUGUGGACUGGAGGCUGCAGGAGAAUUCCAGUUUUGGUAUUCCAUGCUGAGGCUAUUCUGACAAAGGACAACAAUAUUCGAGUAAUUGGAGAACGUUAUCACUUGUCUUACAAGAUUGUACGAACAGACAGUCGCCUGGUUCGCAGCAUCCUGACAGCCCAUGGAUUUCAUGAAGUUCACCCAAGCAGCACUGACUAUAACCUAAUGUGGACAGGAUCCCACCUGAAGCCCUUUUUACUUCGCACCCUCUCUGAAGCACAAAAGGUUAAUCACUUUCCCAGGUCGUAUGAACUAACCCGGAAGGACCGAUUGUACAAAAACAUCAUUCGAAUGCAGCAUACGCACGGAUUCAAGGCUUUUCACAUCCUCCCUCAGACCUUCCUGCUGCCAGCUGAGUAUGCAGAAUUCUGUAAUUCAUAUUCAAAGGACCGGGGACCUUGGAUAGUAAAACCAGUGGCCUCUUCCAGGGGACGGGGUGUCUACCUGAUCAACAAUCCAAACCAGAUUUCCCUGGAAGAGAACACCUUGGUCUCCCGUUACAUUAACAACCCCCUGCUCAUAGAUGACUUCAAGUUUGAUGUGCGCCUCUAUGUGCUUGUGACUUCCUAUGAUCCUCUUGUCAUCUAUCUCUAUGAAGAAGGACUGGCUAGGUUUGCCACCGUACGAUAUGACCAAGGAGCCAAGAAUAUUCGGAACCAGUUCAUGCACCUGACCAAUUACAGUGUGAAUAAGAAGAGUGGAGACUAUGUCAGUUGUGAUGAUCCGGAAGUGGAGGAUUAUGGGAACAAAUGGAGCAUGAGUGCUAUGCUUAGGUAUCUGAAACAAGAAGGCAGAGAUACAACUGCGUUGAUGGCGCAUGUAGAAGACCUGAUCAUUAAGACUGUAAUCUCUGCUGAACUAGCUAUUGCCACAGCCUGUAAAACUUUUGUUCCUCAUCGCAGCAGUUGUUUUGAACUCUAUGGCUUUGACGUGCUCAUAGAUUCUACUCUGAAGCCAUGGUUGUUGGAAGUGAAUCUCUCUCCCUCUUUGGCCUGUGAUGCACCUCUGGACCUAAAGAUUAAAGCCAGCAUGAUUUCAGAUAUGUUCACUGUUGUAGGGUUUGUAUGUCAAGAUCCUGCCCAGCGGGCAUCAACCCGGCCAAUUUAUCCCACCUUUGAGUCUUCCAGGCGAAACCCUUUCCAGAAACCUCAGCGUCCAGUAUCUGCACAGUUCCAGUCAUCAAGCACCAAACAGCGUUGCCGUCCACUCUCUGCCAGUGAUGCGGAAAUGAAAAACCUUGUGGGCUCAGCACGGGAGAAGGUGCCGGGGAAGUUAGGUGGUUCUGUGCUUGGUCUGUCAAUGGAGGAGAUCAAAGUUUUACGGAGGGUGAAGGAAGAGAAUGAUCGGAGAGGUGGAUUUAUUCGCAUAUUCCCUACAUCAGAGACAUGGGAAAUAUAUGGGUCCUACCUUGAACACAAGACCUCCAUGAACUAUAUGCUGGCAACACAUCUCUUCCAGGACAGGGGAAACCCAAGAAGAAGCUUAUUGACAGGAAGAACACGAAUUGUGGUUGAUGGAGCACCAGAAUUGAAGGUAGAGAAUAUGAAUUCAAGGGCCAAGCUGCACGCUGCUCUUUAUGAGAGGAAGCUCCUGUCUCUGGAGGUGCGAAAACGUCGACGACGGAGUGGCAGAUUGAGGGCAAUGCGGCCAAAAUACCCAGUGAUUACCCAACCAGCUGAAAUGAAUGUUAAAACUGAGACAGAGAACGAAGAGGAGGAAGAAGUUGCCUUAGACAGUGAAGAUGAAGAACAGGAAGCUUCCCAGGAGGAGUCUGCAGGGUCCCUCGGAGAAAAUCAAGCCAAACACACACCCUCACUGACCGUUAUGGUAGAAAAUUCACCCAAAGAAAAUGCCAUGAAAGUUCCUGAAUGGAAUGACAAAGGUGAACAGUGCUGCAAAACUGAGACUCAGGAACCAGAGCCUAAAUUUAACCUGAUGCAGAUUCUGCAAGAUAAUGGCAAUCUUAGCAAAGUGCAGGCCCGAAUAGCAUUCUCUGCCUAUCUCCAGCAUGUUCAAAUCCGACUGAUGAAAGACACCGGAGGUCAAACGUUCAGUGCCAGUUGGGCUGCCAAAGAGGAUGAACAGAUGGAGCUUGUGGUUCGUUUCCUCAAGCGAGCAUCAAGUAACCUCCAGCACUCACUGAGGAUGGUAUUACCCAGUCGGAGACUGGCACUUCUGGAGCGCAGAAGAAUCCUGGCCCACCAACUGGGUGACUUUAUCAUUGUGUACAACAAGGAAACAGAACAAAUGGCUGGAAAGAAAUCGAAGAAGAAACUUGAGGAAGAAGAGGAAGAUGGGGUGAAUACGGAAAACUUUCGGAAGUUCAUCAGACAAGCAAGUGAGGCUGAACUGGAGGAGGUGUUGACUUUUUAUACCCAAAAAAACAAGUCUGCAAGUGUCUUCCUGGGGACUCACUCAAAAAGUUCUAAAAACAGCAACAGUUUUUCUGACAGCAGGGCAAAGGCUGAUCACCCUGAAACGAUGGAAGAAGUGAAAAUAAAGCACCCCAAGCAGCAACAAGCAACAGAAAUUCACUCUGAUAAAUUAUCUCGAUUCACCACUUCAGCAGAAAAAGAGGCUGAAUUAGUCUAUACCAGUCCUUCCUCUACUUCUUUCUCUGGUCCUGCUGCUACUCUUCUGCAGAAAAUUCCCAAUACCCAUUUGUCAUCUGUUAUUACCACCUCUGACCUCUCACCAGGGCCAGGCCACCAUUCUUCUUUAUCUCAGAUUCCUCCAGCUAUCUCCAGCAUGGCUCACCAGCCAGCAAUUUUACUGAGCACGGUCCCUGACAGUGCUUCUCCCUCCAUCCAUCCUGGGACACAGAACGUACUGAGCCCCGCUGGUCUGCCGCGCUGUCGAUCAGGCAGUUACACCAUUGGCCCCUUUUCCUCUUUCCAAAGUGCUGCGCAAAUCUAUAGCCAGAAACUGUCUCGUCCCUCUUCAGCAAAGGCAGCAGGUUCAUGCCAUCCAAACAAGCAGCAUUCAGGAGUAGCCAAAACACAGAAGGAGAGAGAAGAUGGUUCCUCAUACAGCAGACGGUACAACCCAAGUACGGUUACGGCUGAACUUCAGCGGCUAGCUGAGAAUCCGGCAGCAAGGCAGUAUUCUUCAUCCACCCACGUCAGUCUCCUCACCCAGCAGGUAACAAAGCUGAAUUUGGCAAGUGGCGUCAUAAACAGAAGCAGUGCUUCAACUCCCCACACACUUCGGCCUGUCAUCAGUCCUAGUGGCCCAACGUGGUCAAUACAGUCAGACCCCCAAGCUCCUGAGAGCCACUCCGCCCCUCUUGGAAGCAGGAGCCUCCAAACAGGUGGCUUUGCCUGGGAGGGAGAGGUAAAGAACAACGCGUAUAGCAAGGCUACAGGGGUGGUCCCGCAGCACAGGUGCCACUCCACAGCAGGCAGCUACCAACUCCAUUUUUCCCUGCAACAACUUGAACACCAAAAACUUCAGUCCCGGCAGCUUCUGGACCAGAGUCGAGCCCGGCACCAGGUGAUCUUUGGCAACCAGACACUACCUAACUCCAAUUUAUGGACAAUAAAUAACGGUGCAGCUUGCAGAAUUUCAAGCGCCACAGCUAGUGGCCAGAAGCCAACCACUCUGCCACAAAAAGUGGUGCCAGCUCCAAGUGCUUCCUCCUCCCUGGUCCCCAAACCCCCAUCCACUCACAAACAAGUCCUCAGAAAGGCAGCAUCCCAGAGGGCUUCCAAAGCGUCCUCCACAGAAGGGCAGCUGGACGGACUCCAGAGCAGCCUUAACUCUGCAGCCUUUGUGCCCGUCACCAGCUCCACAGAUCCCACUCACACUAAAAGAUGAAGCACAGACACGCGGAGGAGGAACCUAUUCACUGCUCCACUACUCCUGGGUGCGUGACUCCAGUGAAGCAUCCACCAGUGCUGCAAGGGGUCCAGAGUAUUUUGGGGUUUUUUUGCUGUUUCAAUCCCCAGUGCCUACCAGCAGAAGUGGCAGUAGAUUGUUGCCUAUCAGCCAAUCCAGACUUUUCCUGAGACGACAGGAAAACAUGUCAGCUCGGUUUCAGUGGAACUUGGCAGUGGGGACGUUCAGUGGAAGCGAUAUAUACCCCAUCAGAGCACACGUGUAUCUUUUACCCCUUUCACCCCCUCUCCCACCUGCUUAGGUCUUCUCUGUCCCUCUCCUGCUACCACACAGAGAUGAUAUAAAAGAGGCUCUUUGGCUAUUUGCAUUUUGCUUCCUCUUCUUUUCCAGAUUGCAGUAUUAAGCUUUACCUCCUAAAAGCCUAAAAUCCCAACAACAUUAUGUACCAAAGUUGUUCUUCCCUUGCAAGAGGGUUUGGGGAAAAGGGGGAGUUUAUAUCGCAAGUUUCCCGGAGAGUGAAAAACAGUCCGUGUGCUGCUGACCACAUGAGCCAUGGUAAAGGCACCCUUUGGAAUUACUGAUUUCUAAAAUUAAUAAAGUAAGUCUAUUUUUCUUUUC